AUGAUAGGAGUUGCAACUGUUGUUGCUGCUGCUACUUACGCUUGUGCUAGUCGAUUCAAGGCUCGAUCAGUUUCACCCAUAUCCCGUAAAUUUUAUAAAGGGGGUUUCAAACCUCAAAUGACUAGAAGGGAAGCCGCUCUUAUUCUCGGAGUAAGUCUAAAGUCGUUGAUCUACAAUCUAAAGUCGUCGAUCUGCACUAUCAACCAUAUGCACCAUCGAUCGUCUUCUGAUGUCAUCGGAAACUCUCAGACGCCAUUGAUCUUCACCGUCGUCGAUAGUCGCCGAUCUAUACCAUCACCGCAUUCAUAUCCAAUGUCAUCGGUUUAG